AUGCAACAAAGGGAAAAGUUAUUUAUAAUAUGUGGAAAUAUCAAUUAUUCAACAAAUUUAAUGCCCUUUAUGAAGGAAGUUAUCAUUCAAAAGAAUAAUAGAAUAAAAGGAAGUUAAGAGAGUAAAACAGACUUUAUACUGGUAUAUUACAAUGCUUAAGUUCAUCUUAAUGUUUAUGUGACAUGCAAAAUAGAUCACUUUAUUUUUGAGUGGUAAAAAUUUAAUUAUCAAAUCACAUCUAUCACUAAUUCUACGAAUUCAAAAAAAUAUUUAUUUAUUUUUUUCAACUCUAUAGUAAAUGAAAAAAGAUUUUUAAAUAGUUUUUUUUACUGAGAGAUAAAAUAGAAAAUGAAUUAAAUUCAAUGCUUUUAGAGGAUAGCACAAACUUUAAAAAGAAUUAGUCAAUACUAUAACCGAUCAUUAAAUAUUACUUUAUAAAAUAUUGAAUAAUAAAUCAGAAGUAAUAAAUCGGAAAAAAGUAUUUGAAUCUAUAAAUAGAAUUUUAAUUAUGAAGCCUUCAAAGAAAGAAGAUAGUGAUAUCAUGAACUGUUUCAUAGAUUGUGAAUUGCUUAUUAGCUGUAAUAAAUAUAUUCUUUAAAAUUGUUUAUAAUAGAUUGCCAUUUUUUAAUAGAUAUAAAAAAACUCUCAAUUAAAGCUAUUCAAAUUGAAUCCAAUAUCUCCUGAGGAAUGUUAAUUAAUGAAAUAAAGACUGUCUUAAAAUAAAGGGUUAAAUUUUUAUCUAAUAUACGAUAAAUGGAUUAAAUAAGAUUAAACAUAUGAAUGCUUUCCCAUUUAUGAUCUUAAAAGAAUGCAGAUUUAGUUUUAAACUUUGGCGAAAAUCGCUAAUUCCAUUAAAUUAAGCAUACCUAAACAUUCCAGAAAUAGACUAAUUCAAACCAAUAAUAAUCAAAUGUCCAAUUAUGAAAUGACUAGAGCUUAAAUUCCUACAUAAAAUUCAAACAAUUCUGUUAAAAUCACAUCAUUAAAGAAUAAUUGGUUUCGUUUGAGGUGCUGGAACUAAACAGUAUACUUAAACUCAUAACUGAUUCGAAAAAUUUUGGUAAAACAAAUCAGAGAGUAGUUAUAUUUUCAAUCAGCUUAAAAUUGUACAGAUUUGUCAAUAUUAUUCAACUGA